UUCUCUUUCAGUGAACGUCUGAUACAUUUCCUGUAGAAAGAGAAAGGAGCCAAAAUGAAGGAAAGUGUGGCAUCCACAGCUGUUUUCAUUUUGCUACUUUUUCUCAACACCAGUCUCCUGAAUGGACAAUCACCUCCUGGAAAACCUGAGAUCUUUAAAUGUCGUUCUCCUGAAAAGGAAACAUUCACCUGCUGGUGGAAACCUGGGGAAGACGGAGGACUUCCUACUAAUUACACGCUGAUGUACCACAAGGAAGGAGAGACAAUCACACACGAAUGUCCAGACUACAUAACCAGUGGCCCCAAUUCCUGUUACUUCAACAAGAAGCACACCUCCAUAUGGACAAUGUACAUCAUCACAAUAAAUGCCACAAACCAGAUGGGAAGCAGUUCCUCAGAUCCACGUUAUGUGGACGUGACUUACAUAGUUGAACCAGACCCUCCUGUGAACCUAACUUUGGAAUUAAAACAGCCAGAAGACAAAAAACCAUAUCUGUGGAUGAAAUGGUACCCACCCACCCUGGUUGACGUUAGAUCUGGUUGGCUCACACUCCAGUAUGAAAUUCGGUUAAAACCUGAGAAAGCAACUGAGUGGGAGACUCAUUUUGCUGGGCAGCAGACUCAGUUUAAGAUUCUCAGCUUAUAUCCAGGACAGAAAUACCUUGUCCAGGUUCGCUGCAAGCCAGACCAUGGAUUCUGGAGUGAGUGGAGCCCAGAGAGCUCCAUCCAGAUACCUAAUGAUGUCACCAUGAAAGAUACCAUCGUGUGGAUCUUUGUGGCCGUUCUUUCUGCUGUUAUUUGUCUGAUUAUGGUCGCAGCUGUGGCUUUGAAAGGCCAUAGCAUGGUGACCUGCAUCCUUCCACCAGUUCCUGGGCCAAAAAUAAAAGGAUUUGAUGCUCAUCUGCUGGAGAAGGGCAAGUCUGAGGAACUGCUGAGUGCCCUGGGGUGCCAAGACUUCCCUCCCACUUCUGACUGUGAGGACUUGCUGGUGGAGUUUUUAGAAGUGGAUGACAGCGAGGACCAGCAGCUGAUGCCAGCCCAUUCAAAACACCCGGAUCAAGAUAUGAAGCCCACACCCCUGGAUCCAGACAGCGACUCUGGCCGGGGCAGCUGCGACAGCCCUUCCCUUUUGUCUAAAAAGUGUGAGGAAGCCCGGGCAAAUCCCUCCACGUGUAACAUUCCUGAGGGCAUUGAGAAGCCAGAGAAUCCCCAAACAAAGGUUACCUGCACUUGGGAUGCCCAGAGCACACGCUUGGAAGGCAAGAUCCCCUAUUUCCCUGCCGACGGAUCCAAAUCCUCAACCUGGCCUUUACCACAGCCCCCCAGCCAGCACAGCCCCAGAUCUUCUUACCACAACAUUGCUGAUGUGUGUAAGCUGGCUGUGGGCAAGGCGGGGGCAUCGGCCGCUUUGUUGGGCAAAACAGACACACACGCUUUAAGAUCUUCAAAAACCACUGAGACUGGAGGGGAGGAAAAGGCAGCUGAGCGGAGAGAAGUAGAAAGCUUCCAUUCCAAGACUGACCAAGGCACAGCAUGGCUGUUACCCCUGGAGAAAACCCCUUUGAUCUCUGUGAAACCCUUGGAUUACGUGGAGAUUCACAAGGUUAACAAAGAUGGAGCACUGUCAUUGCUCCCAAAACACAAAGAGAACAGCAACCAGCCAGAGAAGCCCAGUCCUCCUGAAGCCAGUAAGGAGUACGCUAAGGUGUCCAGGGUGAUGGAUAACAACAUCCUGGUGUUAGUGCAGGAUCCGCGAGCUCAGAACCUGGCUGCGUUGGAAGAACCAGCCAAGGAGGCUCCGCCAUCUCUUCAAGAGAAUCCAGCCGAAGAAGACCUGGCCUCCUUCACCUCGGCCCCAAGCAGCUGCGGACUCCAGCUGGGUGGGUUGGAUUACCUGGAUCCCACGUGUUUUAUGCACUCCUUUCAGUGAUAGCUUGAUUAACGGAAUGAUUGGUUAAAAUGUGAUUUCUUUUCAGGUAACACUACAGAGUACAGGAAAUGUACCCUACUAGAGAAUGCUCGAGAAUGUGGUUAGGAUGACACUAUACAGCCCAUAGUUCACUCCUCGUGCUCCAUUUUCAACCAGCUGCCUCUUUCUCCAACAGUUGAUUCCAGAACAAAUUGUUUUGUUUCCUGUGAUUUGUAGAUUGACUUUUUUUUGCUCUUAGUUAUAAAAUUAUGUGUUCAAUGAAAUAAAAGUACAUCGUUUAGUAUUUUUGAGGGACAGUGCCAAUAGGUAUAUUCUCUGGAAGGGGCUUUCAUGGUUUGGUAUGUGACCGAAGGAAAUGAAAUACUCACAGUUGUUUACCACAGGAAGAUGAUAGAUGUGAGAAAAAUGCCAUGAAAACCGCUUUCAAAAAACCAACAAACCUUUGCACUCCUCUUUCAUUUUUAUUCGGAUUAACCAAAUACGACCCAUUUGAAGAAAGAAUGCAUUCCAGAACACCGGACACAUUGUUUACAUCAGUUCCUAUCACCUUAGUGAUACAUUGCCAAUAUGCAAGCCAAAAUGAUGCCUCCAGUUUUUUCUUAAAAUGGUUUGAAUUUGUUAAGCAUGGAUAUUUUUUUUCUCCCCCUAAAUUGUAUUUUAUUCUGAAGCCUCUAGAGAAAAUAGUUUUGGAAAGUGAAAUUUUCUAACAUGACAGGUAAAUGAGUUUCAUGUGGUAAAUUCUUCUAAAAUGUUUUCCUGUUUCGUUUCAGCAUAAGAGAGAAUUUAUUAUACACCCUAGUCUUCGGUCAGGUUAAAAAAAAAAAAAUCCCCAAAGACUAAUUUUAAAAGAUAAUCACAGCAGGAUGCUAAUGGAAAUACUGCCUUACUGUACAUACAAAUUCUACUUUAAUAUAAACCCGUAAGUUUCACAAUGUAUUUUUGAAGACUA